GGCUGCGUUGUUGGUGGGUCGAUUCUUUCGGUUAUGCUGUUAGGAUACGGUUAUCUUCAGACUGCUUUCACCUCUGAGUGGUGACGGAAGAACUGUGUGUUAAAGACACAUUGGUUUGGAGGCGUGUGGAAUUUAAGCGCAUUUUAAACCUCCGUGAAAGCUAUAGCACAAGAAACCCAACGCCCCACGUUUCACCUGGUUGUCGGUGUGAAGCUGUGGACGGUCCGUUUCUUCCAUCACGGAAGCAGAGGAGUCUUAUAAAAUCAUCUGAGGGACAGUUAUUAUAUUGAAUACCACAUCCAUCAUCCCUGGGUUCAGUGUGUGACCAGCACUGAAUUCAGUGAGUACAUCUACCACCAAUUGGCCGACAGGUAAUCUUGGACAUGAAACCUGAUGGGGUGGCAACAGCACCAUCUGAACCAAUGGAAGCCGAGGGAACAGAACCAGUAGCAGAAACGACUAGCAAUGAAGACGCAUCCCAGAAACGCUCUACACCAUCACUUCCACAACCUGAUGAACCUCUAAAUGAGCAAGAGGCUCCUCCAGCUGUGAAUGAAGCUCCUGGGAAGGCAGUAGAUCCUAAAAGCAAAUCCAAAGGCCCAGUGAAAGGCAAAACUACAACAACAGGCCCAGCGACCAUUGGGCCAGGCACAAGACCCAAAGCAACCCAAAGCCGUGUGGCUAAUGGCCUCCCAAAAACUGCAGCAAGUACCAUAACCAAAAAAAACUUUUCAGCUACCUCUGUGGCAGCAGAGAAGAGGAAACCCACUGGAGCUGCUGCUCCCAGCAAGAAACCCAUUGCCCCUUCUGCUACUGUCACAACCUCAAGGACCCAACCUAGGGUGAAGGCUGUUGGAAUUAGUAGAUCAACAACUGCAACCAGCAGUACAAAGACUGGAACAACUGCUGGAACAGCAACCACCUUGAAUAAGAGACUUACCACAGCUGCCUCUAGUGUUGCAAAAAAGCCCCAAACUACAGCUCCAGUUCCAAGGCCAGCCACUGCCCCUGCUGCCAAACCCAGCACUUCAUCAACAGCCAAAGCCACGUCAGCUCCUAAAACUAACAGGACAACUGGCAGUUCAGCCCCUAGACCAGCUGCUACUUCAUCUGCAGGAAGAACGGCCAUCAGGACGACUAGUUCCACAGUUGCUAACACAAGCCACACUGUUACACAACUGCCUUUUAAACCCUCUGUUACAGCAUCAGCUGUCCGGAAAGAUGUUAGCAAAUCAGGAACCACAGCACUGGCAAAGAAACCAGCUGCCUCAACAAUGUCCCAUCUUGCAGUCAGCAAACCCUUGAAUUCCCCAACUAGCAUCAAAGCAUCCCAGCCGAAACUAGAUGACAAGAAAAGUGUGCCAACACGUAAGGUUCAUCCUAGCCCUCAAAACACUUCCUCACGGCCCACAUCAGUCAAGACCACUGCAGCCUCUCCUAGUCACAGACGGGCAGGUAGCAGCACCACAGCCAAACCACCCAAACCUACACAGUCUGUUUUACCUCUUGUGGUCAAAGGAAAGUUUGAUGCUAAAGAACCUACAACAGGGUCUGUGCAAAUUUCUGCAGCUGCAGUAGCCACUGUUGCUGUAGCAACAGCUGCAGCCAUAGUCACAGAAGAAUCUGUUUCAGUGCAUGAAGCUACUACAGGUGUUGAAAGCUCUUUGGAUGCACCAGCCUCUGACUCUUUGGAUGUUCAGGAAAAUGUAAAUGUGCAGGUCCUGAAUGCCAACUCCCAAAUUGUGCUGGAUAUUCCUAACACAGAGCCAGUGGCUCAAGAGGCCUUAAUAGAAGCUGGUCCUGUUGAAAAGACUAGUCAAAUAUCUUCUCCAAUCAAUCUGGAAUCAGAAGAACUGUGUUCAGAAAAAGUUGAUGAAAACAUUAUUGCUGUUGUGGCACCAGUUGCACAGGAAGUAGUUCAGCAAGAAACCAUAACUGCUUCAUUUGAUAACCCUGCUGCUGCCAUAGUGUCCUCUGUUGGCAUAGAGGUGGCUGAAAAAGCUGAACUAAUUAACAAUGACUGUUAUGAAUAUGUGGAUGAAGAAGAGAGGGAGGGCAGUCAACAGGUGUCUGUGUCAGAAAUGAGUGGCACCCAGCCUACUGAAGAGUCUCGGCCCGGGUCAGCUGGGCUUGCUGGGUCCCUUUGGCGGGCAGGCGCCUUGCUUUCAGAGCUUGACUCUGAGGACGUGAGCUGCAGCCAACAAGGAGCAUCAGAGCUCAGUGCCCCAGGUGUUCUGGAGGGCACCGAAAGCAUGGAUGAUCUGGGUGAUGCUAGCCUUAAAGGAGCUGAUGGUGAAGGUGCAUCUGUUGGGUCUCCUGACUUUGAAAAGGUUCCUGACAUUCUUCCUAAUGAAGAUGAUGAUGAUGACGAUGAUGAUGAUCGAGUUUAUGACAUGGAGGUAGGAUCGGAAAGAGCAGAGGACUUGCACAGGCAGCAUCAUGACAACGAGGAUGAUGAAGAGGAUGAAGAUGUUGAAAUGGCAAGUGAGGGCAUUACUGAGAGUGGGCUUGAAAGUUAUGGGAACGCAGAUGAGGAUGACUUGACGGAAGACUACAGGUUGGACAACCUGAACCGAAUCCAGCCUUCUCCCAUGGUUGUCACUGCCCCUCUGGCAGCCCCGUGGAACAAGUCCAGUUGCUUUGCUGAUCCUUGGGCCCAGCCACCACAACCAGCAUCUACUCUUCUCUUUAGUCCUUCUUCUGAACCCUUGGCUGCAGAUCCAGAAACCCUAACCCAGGCACCUGCUCAAGCAAGACUGGAUGUUCGCAACCCUGAAAAGGGCCCUUCCUCCCCCCACUCCCCAAAUCUUUUAGAGUCUUCACUUUGUUCACCUCAACAAUCCCUACUUACUGCUGCAAAGGGUGAUGUCAGCCCCAAACUAGGCAUGUCACCCCCCCAUGCCAGCAAGUCCCAGUGUGGGACCCUUAGUGGCCCUGAUCUUGCAUCUGACAGUAACAGAGACACAAUUAUGCAAGAUGAAGUGAAAGAAUAUAACAACUCCUCAGGUAUUGAGAUUCAAUCUAAAGAGUUGCUGCCAGAGCCACUAAACCCUGCACCCACUGUCAUGCCUGACAUCAUGCAAGAUCUAGGCAUUCACCUUGAAUGUGGCGAUGAGGAGGAAGAACUAGAGACAUUGCCUGCUGAUGAUGUGUUGGGUGGUCCAGCAACUGCUCCAGAAUCUGCACCAUCAUCUCCUUCAUCAGCCACUGAGGAUGAGGCAACUGACACAGAAGGUGAAAUGCAAAUCAGUGACCCUCAACCUGAGCUACUCGCCACUGGAAGUACCAAUGGAACAACCGCCGUGGCCCACAGUUUGUCCACUCUAGAGGAGCGCGAGGAAAUGGGAGGAGAGACAGAGGGUGGUGGUGGAAGUGACACCCCUCAGUCUGCCACUUCUGCUGCAUCCUAUGGCUUUGACUACAUGACUUCUAACUCAAAUGCUCAGUCAUCUGCAGAGAGUUGCAGCAAAAGCCCUGGCAUCUUUUCCCUUGAAAAUGAAGAGCAGCUCACAGAUGAGGCCAAGGAUCCUUCCCUUCUUAAAGAGCUUACCCUGAUACCUACUACUGCAUCUGGGGAAAAGAUUGACCCUCUCAAAAGCCAACAUGUGGAGUUCCAGCCCCACCCAGAGCAGCAGUACAUGCUUUGUGGAGAGUCCAGUGAGCUUCCUGAAUCGAAUUCACUACCUGGGGCUAUACCCUUAGAGUCUGGCUUGAUUGAUACUUUAUCCCCACAGCACUUGGAAGAAGAACAAGAUGCUGACACUCGGCAUCCCUACUACUCCACUGUAAGCGAAAAUACUGAUAGUCCUUUGAAAGGUAAAGUUUAGAGUGUAUUUUAACCAUCUACCUUCCAAUAUCCCAUGUUGUUUUCAUCUCUAUUUAGGGUUCUAUUUAGUCUUUAUUUGUCUAGUUUGGGGUUUCCCUGUUGAUGAUGUCUUUUAUUAAAUUAAGUGAAUGAAAAAGAAGAAAUGAAGGAAAACAUUUGUCAUUCAGAACAGUGGUGCCACUUCACAAUAUAACUACUACAAUUACAUUUAUAAGUAUAUGGCUUAGAACUCCUGUAUGUGCAAUAGUUACUACUAUUUACACUUAAGGUGACUUUCCUUUUCAAACUAACAAUUGGUGUUGGUCUGAACUGGCAUGAAAUGAUUUGUGGAGUCCACAAAACAUAAAAGAAGCCUUGAUGAAAAAUGAACAAUGUAAUGGACAUGUGAGUGUAUUUAUCCAAUUAUUAUUAUUUUUUUUUACUGAACAAAUGCAUAUUCAUUGCUUUUGUAUUCUGUAGUCUAUUAACUCCAAGUACCAAUUUUUCAUCCCUUUGCCUCUUCAUCAUCAUCUUCUGACCUCACAUUUUCUGUCUUCUGCACUUUAGGGUUUUCUAUCCCCAUACUUUUUAUGUCUUGUUUAUUUGGAGUACUUCAUGUCUUAGCGUUAAAUAAAGGUUCGACAUUUA